AUGGCGAGUCGCAAUCGCAAGCUGGUGACGUAUGGCGCAACAAGAAGCCGACCGAGCAAUGAUGCGUCAGGACGCACUUCUCCCUCACAGCGCAUGCUUCAGGAUCCCCCUGCGCCCGCUCGAACCAAAAAUUCACGGAGUAUCCAGAGUGGGGUCAGACGGCCAACAACUCCCACACGGACAACCGAUUCGGCGCCGAGUGUCUUCGAUCUCCCAUCUUCCGAGGACGAGGCCCAAACAGACAUCUUCCGAAGGAAACGCAGAAGACAUGUCCUCGAUGAGAGAGAUUCCCGGACUGUGGUGCAUCCUCACGAUGGUCCCAAGACAACGACAUCAGCAACUACCACCAGAGGCGAUGGCUCGUCGCCGCGCAUCAGGCGCGCCAGAGAUUCCAGAUGGAAGUCGUCUCAGAUCAGAGACCCGGCAGAAACGAUACAAUCGACAACACCCUCAGCCGGCCCGGAAACGCCCAGGCCUCGACAAAGAUGGAGCGAAAUUUCCGCGUCAGAUGAGCGACACGUUAACGAGCAAAGCUUCUCCAGAUCUGCGAUAACCGACUGGGACAGACGAUCGUCUCCAAGCUCCUCCCACGACUCGUAUCCUACGGUCGCCAACACAACCCCUGGCCGCCGAAGACUGGUAGACUCGCUGGGAAUACAGAACCAGUCCUCAGAAGAGUCGCCGGCGGCAAGCCCAGCCAUUAGCCAGUCGGCGCCGCGCGUUUCCCUUGGUGUCCCAUUUCAACCGAUAGAAUCGUCUCGGUCAAAUCUCGAUGGGCAUCCUGAGAACCCCGGUCAUGACUCGCCGUCGUCACUGGCAUCCCACCUUUGGGGCUCGAAAGUUACAUAUGCGCGCCAACGGUCCUUUCUGGAUGACCUUUCUCUGGCAGGGGAGCUGUCCUCCCAGGAUCUUUCUGGGGGUUUGGAACAACUCCAAUCCUCUUCUCAGCGGGAGAUCCCGGGAAAUCGUUCUCGCGCUCGUCUGUUUGCAUUGGAGGAGGAGAACCAUGAUGAUGGAACAGUUCGAAGCAUUCAUGAACUGCGACAGGCUGGGGGCAAUGCUCGCUUCCGUGGUGCGGUCGAGUCGAUCUUUGAGGAUAUUGAAGAUGACCACAACUCCGCAUCGGGGCGUUGUAAUGCGUUCAUCCAGCUCUGUACCAAACUCUUGGACUCCAAGCUCAGGGCCCGAUUUGUGGAGUGUGACUUUGACAAGAGGCUGGUGAACUGUAUUUUCAACAACCUGGACAUCGUUUCUGCGACAUUCGCCUUGUGCGCCUACGGGCUCUGUUCACUGGGCGGAGGCCCCCGGUAUCUUCUUGCGAGAGAUGCAUGGCCAAAACUGUUGGACAUUUCUCCCAUUUUACUGAACACGUAUGAUGAUGUCCCGGUCGUGGCACAGAAUCGGGCCAACGGGUUGUCCAAACCGGUGCAGAUGGCUGUCCAGGGCAUCACCCCUCAAGUGAUAUCGACCCUCUUCCCCGAAAUUCCUCCAUCGAAUGUUUCUCCUUGCCUAGUGGCACUUUACUGUUUGAAAUCAACUGCCUCGGCCUUUCAAGCAAAAGGCGAGAGCAGCAGCGGGAUCCCUUCACCGGUGCUGAGGCAGCUAAUGGAUGUGUUAUCCUCACAGAGCUCGUCUCGUGGAGUCCAGGAUACACUAUCACCGGAAGAGUCACUGAUGCUCAGCUUGGUAUUUUCAAUACUAGAAGCGCAUACGGCCUCUGCGGAGUCCUCGGCAGAGGGGAGCCAGUCCCUCUUGGGCCGACUUUCUGGCUUGCAUGGGUUGCUUCGUUCAGGCGAUGAUUCAGACUUGGGCCGCCAGCAGCUGCAGACGCUCUACAUGCGCGUGAUUUUGAACGUUACCAACAGCAACUCGACCCUCUGCGACGACUUCGCGACGACGGAGCUGGUUGGAGGACUGGUUCACAUCGUGCUGGCCAAAUUCGGUGACUUGACGGAAGACUCGCUCGCCCAGGAGAACAAUUCUCUGGAUCGGGUGAUUCUCGCGCUGGGCACUCUGAUCAAUCUAACGGAACAGAGCCAAGCAGCACGGGGCCAUUUUCUCAACCCGGCAUCCCGGCCCAAGUCCUUUCUCAACCGGCUACUCCGGUUAUUCUUGGCUCAUGUGGAUUCGGUUUCCAGCGCUCAUUCCGUGGUGGAGGUACAUCAUAACGUUGCCGUCGGGUAUCUCGCCGUGCUCCUGCUGACCCUGUGUCUGAACCCCGAGGCGCGUUCACGGAUCAAGGGGAAGGAACUGACGAGGAUUAAGUCCACGGUGGACGAAUUCUUGCAGUAUCACCAAAAGAUCGAGUCCCGUGAAGCGGCGAGUGGAUUUCUGGUACGAUUGCAGGCGCUGGUCAAACAGAUCCAGCAGAUGGAAGCGUUGGAUGAAUAG